AUGGCGGACAGACCAGGUGCACGUUGCCCCUCCCCCGACGAGGGAGAGGCAGGGGCGGUUCAGCCGUCUUCUUCCCAUGUUGCAAGAGAAUCGGAGGCGCUUCGAGGACUGGGGGGCUUCUGGACUUGGAGCCUCGAGGAGCUCGGUAGAGCUUCUUUUGGGCCGGCCGCAGAGACGCUCGCGUGGCGGGAUGUGUCGCAGAUCUUCAAUGCGUGGUCAGAGGUUCGAGAGAAAUUGAAACAGAGAGGGGCCGCUUUGGCCACACGGCUGCGGCGGCUCCUGCUCUUUCUCCCGGACAAGAAAGAUUCCAAGGCGGGACAGCUCACCCCGGUGACGCACCGGCGUUGUCUUGCACAGAACGAAAGCGGCGUUCGAGAUCUCGAUGAGGGAAUGGGAGCGCACGCCGAAGAAGGCCCGAGGCAAAGAGAGGUGAGGCUGGUGGAGGUCCUUGAACACGCGCAAGAAGAGACAGACGCCCUCCAACUGUUUGAUCGCUUCCACGAGCUCUUACAAAUUAGAUGCAGGCGCGAGAGGCCCGCAGUAGACAGCCAAACACUGGACCGCAGAGACGGAGAACAAAUAGGGAGACGCGCGGAAGACGAGCUCGACGAAAGAAGGCGGCUGCCAGGCCUGUCAACCGAGGACUCCUCCCCUCCUGUCCAGCCUGCCUCUGAAGCGCGGUUGAGGAGACAGUUCAGCAAACAGUUGGAGUCUUCGCGUCAAGCUGCCGACGCCGAUCGAGAACCCGUUGGCGAGUCGAGAGAGGAAGACGAGAAACAAACGUUUGCAUCGCUGGCGGUUGCGAACGGGGAAGCAGGAGCCGAUGCGAUAUCUGAUUUAGAGCAUCUUGUAAAGUGUCAAAUGGUUGCCUUCUUUUCUCCGACGCAGGACGCGCCGAGUGCUGCUUCUCCAAAGAGCAACACACACUCACUCCAGGAAAGACCAGGUCAGCCGUGCCCCCAUGUGCUCUGCAAGAUGAACCAGGUUCCUGGGAGUUUGGCGCAAAUGCUCCAAAUUCAAGUCGAGCGCAUUCAAGAGAUUUCUAGCGACAUGACCAAACUCGUGCAGGACUUUCUGGAGACGAAAGUGUCUGUAGCGCGUGUGGGUUCCAGCUCAAAGACGCACGAGGACAGGGGCGCCGCUGCAGCUAACGCUUUGACUCGGGAAGACAAACUGGGGAAGGGACAGAACAAGUUUUCUCUGCAGGCAAGAAGUCUCAGUAGCCAGGGGUUUGAUGGCGGUUCGGGAAAGAUCCCGAAUGUGGCUGGAGGGAGCAUCUGUGUCUCUCACUUCCAGUGUCUCCUUCAGCUUCGACUGCUCUGUGAGGCAGGAGCACAGUCAGUCUUGACGAGUGGGCAGCGUCCAGAGGAGGUGACCAGACUGCCCGUGGAAGGGGGACAGGAGCAAAGUAAGCAGGCCGGGAAGGCGGCUGAGCCAGCCGAAAAUGCCGAGCCUCUUCGGCUACAAGCAGAAAGGGUUCGUAGCGCCCUGCUGGAGACUUCCGGGGCAUCCGCAGCGAUUCUUGCUUCUGCGGGGGGGGUUCUCGCUUUCCUCCGGACUCUUCAAGUUGCGUGCAGCAGCGGUCAGCUGUGGGAAGAAGAGAGUGAAGACUCUGCCCCGACUUCGGAACGCACUCGCCGUUUUGCUGAGGACUUCGAUAAGCUGCUAGACCGGCUGCCUACAUCUGCGCGGGCGCUGCGGGCUGCGUCGCACCUCUGCGCCACAAGGCAGGUUUGGCCUAUUUCUGAGACCGAAACGCUGAAACCCAAAGUGGGGAGUGCCGUUUAG